AUGUUCCUGAAAACGGGUACCAUUGCCUUCCUCUCCUUAGGCCUACGCUCUUGGGGCUCAACACUGAACUCCGAGUCGGUCCCAUGGCCGUCGAUUCCUGAACAAAAACAGGUCACAUCUUCCACGGGGCCUGUUCAUGUUUUCCCAGUCUCUGUGAUCAAAGGCAUCAGCAGUGCUUUCAAGAGUGGAAGUUCCACGGACUCAUUGGUGUUUCAAGGUGUCGGAGAUACCUAUACUUUGGACUACGGUGAGGAUAUUUCUGGAAAGCCAGUCUUUCAUAUAGCUUCCGUCGAGGGAAAUCCUCAGAUUGAAGUCAAAUACACGGAGGCUUUUGAAGGCUUAUUAAACCCAAAAGGCGAUGGCCCCUUUUCAUUUGCAAAUGGAUUGAGCGCGACCUUUCGAGUUGAAACGUUUAAUAUCACCAAGCCCGGACUACUAAAAGGAUAUUUCAUCCAGGGUUCUCAGCGAUGGCAAUCUAUCAGACUAGUCAAUGAGGGUAAACUGACCAUCAGGCAAGCUGGUUUCAUAUCUUCAGUUGACCAAAGUCCUUUGGAUUCCGUGCCUGGCUAUUUUGCUUCGAGCAAUUCAACAUACACAGACAUUUGGGCACUGGGGCCUCGCACACAGCAACUGGCUUGUUAUCCGCCAGACUCACAGACAUCAACAUGGGAUAUCACAUCUAAUGGUGCCUAUGUACGUGGGCAAAAACCGGCAAGCUCUACCCGUGUUGUCAAUCUGGUCAACUACACAUUAUCAUUCGAGACCAUGAUUGACUAUGGCGGCACUGGCUGGCGUGUUGAUACAGAGAUUGAUGCUAUCCAAGCUACAGGUCCUAUCUUCGUUCUCACGAGUGAGUACCCGGAAGGUUCCUUCGCAAAUAUCGAUCGAUCUCUCGUUCCACCAAAUACGUUGGUCCUUGGGCGCGGAUGGUCUCUGCAAAACCAGACCAGUCUACCUGGAUACGUACUAGAUAAAUUUCCUAUCAACAUGAAUGUCACCGAGAAAACCUGGCACACUAUCAAAACAGUCUCCCCGGGUGACGAUACCUGCACGGUAUACCUCGAUGACCAUCAAAUCGCACACUUCAACAUCAGUUCAUACGGUCUCGGUGAUCCCAAUCCAUAUAUUCCUGGUGGUGCCUACAAAGGCUUUGCCUUUGGUCCUUGGCAAGAUCAAGCCGCCUACUACCGGAAUGUGAAAGCCACACUAAACAGCAACAACGAAACCGUGUACAGCAAUUCCAUGACUUCUCAAGACGUGUUGAUCGAAUAUGGUGUUCAAACCAAUGACCAGUAUACAUGUUCUGAUUCCGGGAAGCGCGAUCGAUUCGCCUGGCUUGGUGACAGAAUCAUGUCUGCCCGCGCGGUGAUGGUAAGUUCGAAUCAAAGAGAAUAUGUCUGGGGUCCAGCCCAGCAGUCCUUUUCCAGACAGAUUACCUCGGGCCAAGUUCCUGCCAAUACCUUAUUCAGUCCUUUGGAUGUGCAGGGUACGCUGAUUCGCACAUUGAAUGUUGAUCCGUUGGUUGUCGACUAUAACUUCGAUUUCAUGCAAAUCAUAUACGACUACUGGAUGCGCUCUGGGAAUGAUACAUUCUUAGAAGAGUUCUGGCCGCAAAUGGUUAUGGGUACCAGUUAUGUGAUUUCGCGGGCUCUGGAUCUGGGUACACAGUUAUUCGGUGAACCGUUUGGCAGUUUGGGGACUUCACUUUCUGGAGAGAAAGGACAAGCACUUGGACCUGCGAAUACGGUGUCACUUAUUCUAGGAUUGGAACGCAUGGCAACAAUGGCAGAGUAUUUGGGAGAUUAUGUCACGGCUCAUAUGUACAAAGGUCAAGCUCAACUUUCCCGAGAUGCUAUUGAGACACGGCUUUGGAACCAAACUGGCGGGUACUAUACCGCAACUCUUGGAGGCUCUGGAUACGAUCUUAUGGAUAUUGCACAAGUUCUUCUAGCUGGUAUUGGCACUGAAGAGCGUCGCGAACGAUUCGUCCAGAAGCUUGAUAGCUUGAAGGUUCCUGCUGGGUAUAUCAAUGGGACGAGAUUCUUUGAUACCCCCGGUGUGGUGGACCCUUACUAUAUGAGCUUUUUACUGGAAGGACUUGCGAUUACGAAUCGUACGGAGCUUGCACAGGAGUUACUGGAUGCGACGUGGGCGCCAAUGGUGCGUCGGGAUCGGAAUUACACUGGUGGAUACUGGGAGUAUAUUAGUACAGAUGGAACGUACCCAGGUUUGGAUCUGUUUACAGGUAUGAGCCACUUUUGGGGUAGCUAUCCAACAGUGUUCCUAACAGAGUAUGCUCUUGGUGUCCGACCUACCAAGCCAGGCUAUCAGGAAUUUCUGUUUGCGCCCAUGCCUGGAUUCAAGACGGAUUGGGUUCAGGGACGGGUUCCCACUUCCUCUGGGUUGAUACUUGCUGCUUGGGGAUAUGAUACCGAGGGGAAAAUUAUGAUGGAGAUCGAGUCACCGUCUGGCCUAAAUGGAACUUUGGUUCCACCAUUCGAUGGGAAAUAUUCGGUUGAUGGACAGCAAGGACAAACUGGUACUCUUGCCUUCAAGGGUGGAAAGAAGAUCGUCGUCUUCCAGGAGUAG